AUGACGAGUGCGUCCAUCUACGCCUUUGAGCUUCCUACAACAGGAUCUUUCUCUUUUGCAGACUGGUUUUCGGAUGCCUCGAAUACCCAUACAUCUCAAAUUGCAGAAGCUACCCAGGUUCGUGCUAAUCUACGGUCCGUUUUGAAAGAGAGCAAGAGGACGGACGGAGAGAAGGAUCAUCUAAGAGUCGUGAAGGUACUUGAUGACUAUAUCCCUCAUCUGUAUGGUGUAAUCGCUUGUGUAGGGAGUGGUGAUAUUGUUCAACUUCGAGAACCAGUAUUUAGCUGGCGCACGACCCUCUCAUCACACCUAUUCACUUCUUCACCCCGGCUCUCUCUUCCAUCACUGCCCGUCGAACUCACCUUCACACUUCUGACCUACGCUUUCGCCCUCUCCAAUCUCGCCCGUUCAUCUGUCUCUGCGCUUCAAUCUUAUGAACGCGAAAGGGGCAUUUCAGAUGUAGAGAGGAAAGCAAAAGACGAGAAGCUCGGCUUUGCGGUCACACUACUAAGCAAGGCAGGUGGCGUCUUUGCCUUUGUGGCUGAGACAGUCCUGGUAGAGGCGGAAAAGGACAGAGGUGCAACUUGGUUGGAUGGGAUUGAGAGACCGCCCGAGCUGAGCAGGCCCGUCAUUCAUGCCCUGUCAAAGCUAUGUCUUGCUCAGGCUCAAUCCCUUGCCAUCCGUAAACUCCUCUCCAAGUCCGCAUUCGACAGCACAGUCACACCUGGGCCACCCCUACCUAAAUCCCACCCCUCACCUUCUCUCAUAGCUAAACUACACCUCGAAUCAGCCUCUCUUCUCUCUUCAUCUCUUUCCCUAUCCCGGAUACCAGGCGCAUCUAAAUUUCGCCUCAAAUCUCCAAAACAUAUGUUUUCGUCAAAGUCCAACGGUGAUGGUUCCGCUGGUCAGACAAAGGACGAAAUGGUUGUCUCAGAGGACCUGACUAAGUUUCUAGCGGAUGUUGUGGCCAUGCAUACUGCGAUGGCACACAAAUGGCUUGGUGUGGACGCGGGGGAGAACCAUAUCGACACGAAGGGUGGCGAGGCAGUGGGAUAUCUGACAUGGGCGAAGAAGGAACUGGAAGACUUGAAGGAUGGAGGCACGAAAGGAGGCGGAAAAGAGGAAGGAAAGGACGGGAAGAAGGAGAGAAAAGAAGGUGUGGUGGGCGAGUUGGAGAGUGUGGCGCUCUUUUUGAGGCAUUAUAAGAAGCUGAACGAUUCGCUAUCCUACCUGCCCGUUCCUUCCCAAGCAGCUCUUCAAUCUUCGACACCAACGGGACGUCUCGCUGUUGCGAUCAAACCCUACACGAAACCUACACCUUCAUUUGGCCCGGGCUCGGUCGAAUAUGUGCGCCAACAGGCAGAAGAAUUGGAGCUGAUAGGUACUGAGGAUGGAGAUUCGUUGGCGGCGAGUACCCCUGAACGACCGUACGCCGGAGCAGGGUCAUAUUUUUAAAUUCUUUGGGCUGGAAGAAGAUAUUUAUUUGCCGUUAUGAAGGAAGGAAGGAGACUCGUGUGUGCUCACUGUUGUAUAUCUCGUCUUAUCAUCGUUACAGUAUGAUCGAAGAAGAUGCAGUUUGACUGUGUGGCGCUAAAAGAAUGGAUCAACAGGAUUGUCGUUGGCGCCACCUCCCGAUUCAAGCGUAGUUACCGACUUCACCUUAAACUUAACAGCCAUACCGUGUAGUACGAUUGCAGGUGUUCCAUCCUAUGUUCAAUCCAU